CGGCGCAGAGAAUCUCCCACUCAACGUUUAACGGAGAACGCAGGGGCCGCCCGGCCGCCAGUGGCCGGCGCCACAACGGCUUGGGAAGGACGCGGACCAGCUUACUGUCGAUUAGUGAGGAAAAUAAAGCAACACUCCUUGAACUUGGAGCUGUGGAACCUUUAACCAAACUGCUCACCCAUGAAGACAAAAUUGUAAGAAGAAAUGCUACCAUGAUAUUUGGUAUCCUGGCUUCUAAUAGUGAUGUUAAAAAAUUAUUAAGGGAGUUAGAUGUCAUGAAUUCUGUUAUUGCCCAGCUGGCUCCAGAAGAAGAAGUAGUUAUCCACGAGUUUGCUAGUCUUUGUCUAGCAAACAUAUCUGUAGAGUAUACAGGGAAGGUACAAAUAUUUGAACAUGGUGGACUGGAACCACUCACCCGACUGCUGAGUAGCCCAGACCCUGAUGUGAAGAAGAAUUCUAUCGAAUGCAUUUACAACUUGGUACAGGAUUUUCAGUGUCGAGCUACACUUCAAGAACUAAAUCCGAUCCCUCCUAUGUUAGAGCUCUUGAAGUCAGAAUAUCCAAUUAUUCAGUUGUUGGCGCUCAAAACCUUGGGUGUCAUCACAAAUGAUAAGGAGCCCAGGGUGAUGCUGAGGGACAAUCAAGGGCUGGACCACCUCCUCAAGAUCCUGGAAGCUAAGGAAUUGAAUGACCUUCAUGUAGAAGCACUUUCAGUGAUAGCCAAUUGCCUGGAAGACAUGGACACCAUGGUGCUGAUGCAGCAGACAGGGGGGCUGAAAAAACUCCUCUCUUUUGCGGAAAACUCCACAAUUCCUGAAAUUCAGAAGAACGCAGCCAAAGCACUUACUAAAGCAGCUUACGAUUCUGAAAAUAGAAAACUUUUUCAUGAACUGGAGGUUGAAAAGUGCCUGGUAGCCCUGUUGGGUUCUGAAAACGAUGGAACUAAAAUUGCUGCUUCUCAAGCUAUUUCAGCAAUGAGUGAGAACUCCAGCAGCAAAGAUUUUUUCAACACACAAGGGAUUCCACAGUUAGUUCAGCUGCUCAAAAGUGACAAUGAAGAAGUGAAGGAGGUCGCAGCCCUGGCCCUGGCGAACCUGACCACUUGCAAUUCUGCUAAUGCAAAUGCUGCUGCUGAAGCGGAUGCGGUUGACCCAUUAGUUAGCAUCCUGUCUAGUAAUCGAGAUGGAGCCAUCGCCAACGCUGCCACAGUGUUGACCAACCUGGCCACGCAGGAGCCGCUGCGCAUGGUCAUACAAAAUCAUGACAUCAUGCGUGCCAUCACCAACCCGUUACACUCCACCAACACUGUGGUGCAGAGCAAAGCUGCGCUCUUGGUGGCUGCCACUGCCUGCGAUGUGGAGGCUCGGACAGAGUUAAGAAACUGUGGUGGACUGGAACCCCUUGUACAGCUGCUGCAUUCCAAGAACGAUGAAGUCCGAAAGCACGCCAGCUGGGCUGUGAUGGUCUGUGCCAAUGAUGAGCCAAUGGUCACUGAGCUAUGCAGGCUUGGGGCUUUAGACAUCCUUGAAGAAAUUAAUCUAUCAGUAAGUCGAAAAAAUAAAUUCAGUGAGGCAGCUUAUAACAAACUGCUGAACAACAAUCUUUCCCUGAAAUACAGCCAGACUGGCUAUUUGUCAUCAAGUAACAUAAUUAGUGAUGGAUUCUAUGAUUACGGUCGGAUAAAUCCUGGCACCAAACUUUUGUCAUUGAAGGAACUCUGCCUGCAAGAACCAAGUGAUCAACGUGCUGUACUGUUAGUCAACAGCAAAUCUGAUGUUUCUCCGCCUCCUUCUAUGGAAGACAAAUCAUCAGACGUCGGUUAUGGACGAAGCAUUUCUUCCUCAUCUUCCUUAAGAAGAGCAAGUAAAGAAAAGACUAGUACUGGCUUUGGAUCUCCCUCAGAAGAGAAAUCGGAGCCUGCUUCAGGACGAAAUACUGGUGCUAGCAAAAGUGCCACUAAAGAAAAAGGAUCAAGGAAAGGCAGAGGGAAAAAAGAAGAGGAGAAAGUGAAAGAGGAGGAAGAGGUUCUGGCAGUGCCAAAGUUGAUUGGAGAAGGCAGUGCUGAAAAAGAAUGGUACCCUUCCCAUGACCCCGACUUCUGUGUGUACGUGUACGAGGUGACCAAAUCCAUACUGCCCAUAACCAGUAUCAAGGAACAGAUCGAGGUCCUUGCCAAGUAUGUGGCAGAUAAAAUGGGUGGUAAGAUUUCAAAAGAAAAACUACCUGAUUUCAGCUGGGAACUUCACAUAAGUGAACUGAAAUUUCAACUUAAAUCCAAUGUUAUACCAAUUGGAUAUAUCAAAAAAGGAAUCUUCUAUCAUCGGGCUUUGCUUUUCAAGGCUCUGGCAGAUAAAAUUGGUGUUGGCUGCUCUCUGGUGCGAGGUGAAUACGGCCGGGCCUGGAACGAAGUGAAGCUGCUGAACGAAUCCCGAAGGGGGAUGACAGGGGCCCGUCCCCUGCCCGAAGUCUACAUCGUGGAUCUCAUGUUCCACCCAGGGGGACUGAUGAAGCUGCGAAGCAGAGAGGCUGAUCUUUACCGAUUUCUUUAA